AUGGACGGGGUAGACACUAAGGAGAAUAUUGCCUUUUUGCAAAAGAAAGUGUCAGAACUUGAGAAUGAAAAGAGAGCUUUGCUCCUUAGUUCUGUAGAGCUGGAGGAACUGAAAGCUGAGAAUGAAAAACUGUCUUCUCAGAUUACUCUCCUGGAGGCUCAGAAUAGAAGUGGAGAGGCAGAUAGAGAAAUUAGUGAGAUUGGCGUGGUUGAUACUAGCAGGCUCAACAAGAUCAGCUCUUCUGGUGAGGAGAGUGGACAGGAUGUUCUAGACAAUACAUUUUCUCAGAAACAUAAAGAACUGUCUGUUUUAUUGCUGGAAAUGAAAGAAGCUCAAGAAGAGAUUGCGUUUCUUAAGCUGCAGCUCCAGGGGAAAAAGGCGGAGGGGGACCCUGAGGUCUCUGACCAGAAAGAAAUGAAACAGACAGAGAGUGAAGAAAUACCUAUAGUUAGCAUGAGAAUAUUGCCUGAAGAUACAGGUCAACAUUUUUCCUCAGUGCCACAUGAAGAGAGCAGUCUUCCAACAGUUGACAAAGAAGAGCAGAUGACUACUAAACAUCAAAAUAGAACAUCUGAGGAAAUAUCUAUAAAUGAUACUGAAAUCGAAUUAAAAUCAACCAAGCAGGAUGAUGUUGAUAAAUCACCUUCUGCUAUGCCAGGAAUUUGUCAGUGUCACCAGGAUGAAUUGGAAAGGCUAAAAAGGCAAAUUUCAGAACUCGAGAUAAGCUCUCAUAAAGCAGAGGAAAUCUAUGAGGAAAAUUUAGAUGAGAAAGCUAAAGAAAUCAGUAACCUAACCCAGUUGAUUGAUGAAUUUAGGAAAAAUGCCGAUGACACCAACAGUGCAUUCACUGCUUUGUCUGAAGAAAGAGACCAGCUUCUUUCUCAAGUGAAGGAACUUAGUGUGGUAACAGAACUGAGGGCUCAGGUACAACAACUGGAAGCGAGCCUUGCAGAAGCAGAAAGGCAAAGAAGACUUGACUAUGAAAGUCAAACAACUCAUCACAACUUGCUGACUGAACAGAUCCACAGUCUCAGCAUAGAAGCCAAAUCUAAAGAUGUGAAAAUUGAAGUUUUACAGAAUGAACUGGAUGGUGUGCAGCUUCAGUUUUCUGAGCAGAGUGCAUUGACAAAAAGCCUGCAAAGCCAGCUGCAGAAGAAAGAAAAUGAAGUGCUCGAAGGGGAAGAACGUGUGAGGGAUAUAUCAAAUAAGAUGGAAGAACUUUCUCAGGCUCUUUCACAGAAGGAACUUGAAAUAGCAAAAAUGGAUCAACUCUUAUUAGAGAAAAAAAGAGAUGUGGAAGCCCUCCGACAAACCAUCAUGGAAAAGGAUCAGCAAGUGACAGAAAUCAGCUUCAGUAUGACUGAGAAAAUGGUUCAACUUAAUGAGGAGAAGUUUUCUCUUGGGAUUGAAAUUAAGACUCUUAAGGAACAGUUGAACUUAUUAUCCAGGGCUGAAGAGGCAAAAAAAGAGCAGGUAGAAGAAGAUAAAGAAGUUGUUUCUGGCCUUAAACAGAAUUAUGAUGAGCUGAGCCCAGCAGGGCUCCUAAGUAAAGAAGAACUUCAGCACGAAUUAGACCUUGUAAAGAAAGAAAGUGAACAGAGAAAGAGAAAGCUCCAGGCAGCUCUUAUUAACAGAAAGGAGCUUCUACAGAGAGUCAGUAGAUUAGAAGAGGAAUUGGCCAAAGUGAAAGAUGAAUCUAUGAAAGAGAUCCCUCUCAAUGAGAGUGAGAAGAGAGAAAUAGGAGAAGAUAAAGAAAGCAAAGAAGACUCAGAAAAAUGUGUGACUGCUAAGUGCCAAGAAAUAGAAAUUUCUUUAAAACAGAUAAUAUCUGAGAAAGAGGUGGAACUAGAGCAUGUAAGGAAGGAUUUAGAAGAAAAGGUAGCAGCUGAAGAAGAGUUACAGGCUGUGAUCAAACAGAUGAAUCAGAACCUGCAAGAGAAGACAAACCAAAUAGAUUUGCUGCAAGAGAAAAUAAUUGAAAACCAAGCAGUCAUCCAGAAGUUAACCACAGGUAACAAGGAUGUAGGCAAUGGAGACUCAGCAGCACCUGUAAAAGAAACAGUGGUGAUCAGCCCUCCUGCCAUAGGCAGUGGAGAACACUGGAAACCAGAGCUGGAAGAAAAGGUACUGGACCUUGAAAAAGAAAAGGAACAACUUCAAAAGAAACUACAGGAGGUGUUAACCUCUCGAAAGGCAAUUCUACAGAAGGCACAGGAAAAAGAAAGACAUCUUAAGGAGGAGCUAAAGCAACAGAAGGAUGACUAUAAUCGCUUACGAGACCAAUUUGAUGAGCAGAAGAAGGAAAAUGAGGACAUCGGAGACCAGCUAAGACAACUCCAGAUUCAAGUAAAGGAGUCUGUAGACAGGAAACUCCUGGACAUUGACCAGCAGGAUCCAGACUCUCCAACUCAAAGUUUAAAAGAAACUUUAUUCAUAGGUACAGAGCAGCAACCUUCUCAGCCCAUUUCAGAGUCUGACUUGCUUUCUCAUCCUAGAGAUGGAGAUGCUCUGCAGGGCGGUACUUCUGUUGCCCAGAUUAAGACCCAGCUGAAAGAGAAGGAGGCCCAGAAAGAGGAGUUGGAAUUGAAGAUUUGUUCUGUGACAAGUGAGCUUACUAAAAAAUCAGAAGAGGUAUUUCAGUUACAAGAGCAGAUCAAUAAACAGGAUUUGGAAAUACAGAGUCUGCAGACAGCAUCCCAUGAAGCUGAAGCCCACGCAGAAAGCCUGAGGCAGAAAUUGGAAAGCAGUCAGCUAGAAAUUGCUGGAUUAGAACAUUUAAGAGAAUUACAGCCUAAACUGGAUGAACUGCAGAAACUCCUAAGCAGAAAGGAAGAAGAAGGUAGAUGCCUUUCUGGACAGCUUAGUGAGAAACAAGAGGCGCUUACAAAAGUACAGACAGAGAUAAUGGAACAAGAGGAUUUAAUCAAGGCUCUUCAUACACAGCUGGAAAUGCAAGCCAAAGAACAUGAUGAGAAGAUAAAGCAGUUACAGGUGGAACUUUGUGAAAUGAAGCAAAAGCCAGAGGAGAUUGGAGAAGAAAGCAAAGCAAAGCAACAAAUACAGAGGAAACUGCAAGCUGCCCUUAUUUCCCGAAAAGAAGCACUAAAAGAAAACAGAAGUCUCCAAGAGGAGUUGUCUUUGGCCAGAGAAACCAUAGAACAUCUCACUAAGUCUCUGGCAGAUGUAGAAAGCCAAGUUUCUGCUCAAAAUAAAGAAAAAGAUACAUUCUUAGGAAAGUUAGCUCUUCUUCAAGAAGAAAGAGACAAGCUCAUUACAGAAAUGGACAGAUCUUUAAUGGAAAAUCAAAGUCUCAAUGGCUCUUGUGAAAGUCUGAAAUUAGCUCUGGAGGAUCUUACUGAAGACAAGGAAAACUUAGUGAAGGAAGUUGAAUCUUUGAAAUGUUCUAAGAUUGCAGAAAGUGCUGAGUGGCAAGAGAAACACAAAGAGUUACAAAAAGAGUAUGAAAUUCUUCUGCAGUCCUAUGAGAAUGUUAGUAAUGAGGCAGAAAGGAUUCAGCAUGUUGUGGAAACUGUGAGGCAAGAAAAGCAAGAACUAUAUGGCAAAUUGAGAAGCACAGAAGCAAACAAGAAAGAGACAGAAAAGCAAUUACAGGAAGCUGAACAGGAAAUGGAGGAAAUGAAAGAAAAGAUGAGAAAGUUUGCUAAAUCUAAACAGCAGAAAAUCCUAGAAUUGGAAGAAGAGAAUGACCGGCUUAGAGCAGAGGUGCAUUCUGGAGGAGGUACCUCAAAUGAUGAUGUGGAAGCACUUCUUUCUUCCAAUUCCAACUUGAAAGAGGAACUGGAAAGGGUCAAAACAGAGUAUAAAACCCUUUCUAAGGAGUUUGGGGCUUUAAUGGCUGAGAAGGACUCUCUAUGUGAAGAGGUUCGAGAUUUAAAGCAUCAGGUUGAAGGUACUGUAUCCAAACAAGCUAACCUGGAGGCCACUGAGAAACAUAACCAAAGGGAUACCAUUGAAGGGGCAACACAGUCUGUCCUAGGUGAGACUAAUGAGUCUCUGAACAUGAGCACAAGGCCUGAAUAUUCAGAAUCUAUUCUGUCAGAGAAGAGUGACAAGAAGCCUGAUGAAAAUGAGAAUGUCAGUUCACAUGAUGAAAUUAGUAACUACCUGCAGCAUAUUGAUCAGCUCAAAGAAAGAAUUGAUGAAUUAGAGGAAGAGAAGCAAAAAGAAAGAGAAUUUAGCCAGACUUUACAAAAUGAGAGAAAUGCCUUACAGAGUCAAAUAUCAACAAAGGAUGGUGAACUAAAAGUGCUUCAGGAAGAAAUAACCAGAAUAAAUCUAUCAAAUCAGCAAAUGCAAGAAGAACUUGCCAGAGUUACCAAGCUAAAAGAGACAGCAGAAGAAGAGAAAGAUGAUUUGGAAGAGAGGCUUAUGAAUCAAUUAGCAGAACUUAAUGGAAGCAUUGGGAAUUACUAUCAGGAUGUUACAGAUGCCCAAAUAAAAAAUGAGCUACUGGAAUCCGAAAUGCAGAACCUUAAGAAGUGUGUGAGUGAAUUGGAAGAAGAAAAGCAGCAGUUAGUCAAGGAGAAAACUAAGGUGGAAUCAGAAAUACGAAAGGAAUAUAUGGAGAAAAUACAAGGUGCUCAGAAGGAACCUGGCAAUAAAAGUCAUGCAAAGGAACUUCAGGAGCUGUUAAAAGAAAAACAACAAGAAGUAAAGCAGCUGCAGAAGGACUGCAUCAGGUAUCAAGAGAAAAUUAGUGCUCUGGAGAGAACUGUAAAGGCCCUAGAGUUUGUUCAAACAGAAUCCCAAAAAGAUUUGGAAAUAACCAAAGAAAAUCUAGCUCAAGCCAAUGAACACUGCAAGAAGGCAGAAACAGAAUUGGCUAGCUUCAAAGUACUGUUAGAUGACACUCAAAGUGAAGCAGCAAGGGUCCUAGCAGACAAUCUCAAGUUGAAAAAGGAACUUCAGUCCAACAAAGAAUCAGUUAAAAGCCAAAUGAAACAAAAAGAUGAAGAUCUGGAGCGGAGACUGGAGCAGGUAGAAGAGAAACACCUGAAAGAGAAGAAGAACAUGCAAGAGAAACUGGAUGCUUUGCGUAGAGAAAAAGUCCACUUGGAGGAGACAUUUGGAGAGAUUCAGAUUACUUUGAACAAGAAAGACAAUGAAGUUAAGCAACUUCAGGAAAACCUUGAUAGUACUGUGGCCCAGCUUGCAGCUUUCACUAAGAGCAUGUCUUCCCUCCAGGAUGAUCGAGACAGGGUGAUAGAUGAAGCCAAGAAGUGGGAGAGGAAAUUCAGUGAUGCUAUUCAAACGAAAGAAGAAGAAAUUAGACUCAAAGAGGAGAAUUGCAGUGUUCUAAAGGAUCAACUUAGGCAGAUGUCAAUCCAUAUGGAAGAACUGAAGAUCAACAUUUCCAGGCUUGAACAUGAUAAGCAGAUUUGGGAGUCUAAGGCCCAGACAGAGGUCCAGCUUCAACAAAGGGUCUGUGAUACUCUGCAGGGGGAAAACAAAGAACUUUUGUCCCAGCUAGAAGAGACUCGGCAUCUGUACCACAGUUCUCAGAAUGAAUUAGCUAAGUUGGAAUCAGAACUUAAGAUUCUCAGAGACCAGUCAACUGAUUUAAACAAUUCUUUAGAAAAAUGUAAGGAAAAUAAAGAGAAUUUGGAAGGGAUCAUAAAGCAGCAAGAGGCUGACAUCCAGAAUUGUAAGUUCAGUUAUGAACAGCUAGAGACUGAUCUUCAGGCCUCCAGACAACUGACCAGUAAACUACAUGAAGAAAUAAGCAUGAAGGAGCAGAAGAUUAUAAGCCUGCUUUCUGCCAAGGAACAGGAAAUCCAAGUAGCUGUUGCUGAACUGCAUCAGCAACAUAAUAAAGAAAUUAAAGAAUUGGAAAACCUAUUGUCCCAGGAGGAAGAGGAGAAUAUUGUCUUAGAAGAGGAGAACAAAAAGGCUGUUGACAAAACCAACAAGCUUAUGGAAACACUGAAAACCAUCAAAAAGGAAAACUUGCAGCAGAAGGCUCAGUUGAAUUCCUUCAUUAAAUCCAUGUCUUCUCUCCAGGAUGACCGAGACCGCAUAGUAGGUGACUACCAACAGCUGGAAGAGCGACAUCUCUCUGUCAUCUUGGAAAAAGAUCAACUCAUCCAAGAAGCUGCUGCUGAGAAUAACAAACUUAAAGAAGAAAUUCGAUGCUUGAGAAGUCAUAUGGAUGAUCUCAAUUCUGAGAAUGCCAAACUAGAUGCAGAACUGAUCCAGUAUAGAGAAGACCUAAACCAAGUGAUAUCAAGAAAGGACUGCCAGCAAAAGCAACUCCUUGAAGCCCAACUUCAGCAGAAUAAGGAGCUGAAAAGUGAAUGUGCUAAAUUGGAAGGGAAGCUAAAGGAGUCUGAGGAAGCAGAGGCGGAUCUGCGGAGGUCUACUCUUGCUCUAGAGGAGGAGAAACAAGGUUUGUCUAGAGAGAUUGAGAGCUUGAACACGUCUAUAUCCCAACUAAAGAGACAGUUGGCAGCCUUGCAAGAAGAAGGAACUUUAGGGAUAUUUCAGGCCGAGUUAAAAGUAAAAGAAGAAGAAGUACAGAAGUUGAGUACUACCCUUUCCUCCUCUCAGAAGAGAAUUACAGAACUGGAAAAGGAGUUGGUUUGUGUUCAAAAGGAAGCUGCCAAGAAAGUAGGUGAAAUUGAAGAUAAACUGAAGAAAGAAUUAAAGCAUCUUCACCAUGAUGCCGGGAUAAUGCGAAAUGAAACAGAAACCGCAGAAGAGAGAGUGGCAGAGCUAGCAAGAGAUCUAGUGGAGAUGGAACAGAAAUUACUCACAGUCACCAAAGAAAAUAAAGAUCUCACAGCACAAAUCCAGUCUUUUGGAAGGUCUAUGAAUUCCCUACAGAAUAGCAGAGAUCAUGCCAAUGAGGAGCUUGAUGAACUGAAAAAGAAAUAUGAUGCCAGUCUCAAGGAGCUGGCACAGCUGAGAGAGGAACAGGGCCUCUUGAGCAGGGAGAGAGAUGCUCUUGUUUCUAAAGCUGCCCUUUCAACGAACUCCACUGAGGAUAGCAGCUUGCCUCACCUUGAGAAACUUAACCAACAGCUUUUGUCCAAAGAUAAGCAACUGCUUCACUUGUCCUCACAACUAGAGGAUUCUUACAAUCAAGUGCAGUCCUUUUCCAAGGCUAUGGCCAGUCUACAGAAUGAGAGAGAUCAUCUGUUGAAUGAACUGCAGAAAUUCCGCAAGUCAGAGGAGGGAAAGCAGAGGUCUGCAGCCCAGCCUGCAACCAGCCCCGCUGAAGUCCUGAGUUUAAAAAAAGCGAUGUCAUCACUCCAAAAUGACAGAGACCGACUACUGAAGGAAUUGAAGAAUCUGCAGCAGCAAUACUUACAGAUUAACCAAGAAAUCACUGAGUUACGUCCACUGAAGGCUCAACUUCAGGAGUAUCAAGAUAAGACAAAAAAUUUUCAGAUUAUGCAAGAAGAGCUAAGGCAGGAAAAUCUCUCCUGGCAACAUGAGCUGCGUCAGCUCAGGGUGGAGAAGAGCUCCUGGGAAGCCCAGGAGAGGAGAAUGAAGGAGCAGUACCUUAUGGCUAUCUCAGAUAAAGAUCAGCAGCUCAGUCAUCUGCAGAAUCUUAUGAGGGAGUUGAGAUCUCCUUCCUCCCAUACUGAGGCUCUCAAAGUGCAAUACCAAAGACAGGCAUCCCCAGAGACACUGGCAUCCCUAGAUGGAUCACAAAACCUAGUUUAUGAGACAGAACUUCUUAGGACUCAGCUCAAUGACAGCUUGAAGGAAAUUCACCAAAAGGAAUUGAGAAUUCAGCAACUAAACAGUAAGUUCUCUCAACUACUCGAAGAAAAAAACACUCUUUCAGUACAGCUUGGCGAUACCAGUCAGAGUCUUCGUGAGAGCCAGCAGCACUACACUGACCUUUUUCAUCACUGUGCGGUCUUGGAGAAGCAGGUCCAGGAGCUGCAAGUGGGGCCACUGAAUAUAGAUGUUGCUCCAGGAGCUCCCCAGGAAAAGAACGAAGCUCACAGGAAGAGCGAUCCUGAGGAGCUGAGGGAGCCCCAGCUCAGCUUUUCUGAGGCUCAGCAGCAACUGUGCAACACUAAGCAAGAGAUGAGCGAACUGCGGAAGCUGCUGGAAGAAGAGCGGGACCAAAGAGUGGCUGCUGAGAAUGCCCUUUCCGUGGCCGAGGAGCAGAUCCGGCGGUUGGAGCACAGCGAAUGGGACUCUGCACGGUCUCCUAUCAUUGGCUCCUGUGGCGCUCAGGAGCAGGCACUGUUAAUAGAUCUUACAAGCAGCAGCUGUCGAAGGACGCGGAGUGGUGCUGGAUGGAAGCGGGUCCUGCGUUCGCUCUGUUAUUCCCGGACCCGAGUGCCACUGCUAGCAGCCGUCUACUUUCUGAUGGUUCAUGUCCUACUCAUUCUGUGUUUCACAGGCCAUCUAUAAACUGAAUUCCCACCUUUGCAAUCACUCCCUCAGAACUUGGAAUUCCCUUAUCUCUAACAUCCAAACCAUCAAUUCUAGUGCAACAGUCUUCCCACUUAACAGGUCUUCUCUCCAAGUCUCCACAGAAAGUGCCUGCACAACAGAGGGGGAUUGUUAGCCCAGGGCAGAGCUGCAGGGACCAGCGGGUCUGCUUUCUUCUACUGCCCAGGGCCAGAACACUUCUGCAUAAUCUGAGGAGGCCCCAUAGUCGGUGGUUGAGCCUGGUAUUUGUUCCAAUUUUGCAGGGCCCUGAGUUUUUGUGUCCUGUGAAAGAUGCUGAGGAAUGUCUUUCAGCUUAGAAGAUGGUUCUAAUAAACCUAAUAAUCUGAAGUCUAGUAUCAUUUCGAUUGAUACUUUCUUUGCUUCAGUUACCUUAUAUUUUCUCCUGCUUCAGAGGGAAGGCGGAUCUGCCCUAAACAAAGUUCUGGGGAACAGUAUCUCAUAGAAUAUCUGCUUAGGACUCCCCAGGGUUUUAGUUGUCCCAUCACAGGGUAGGACCCAGCUUUUUCCCUCGCUGUUCAGACAUAACUGGAAUUAGAUUUGAGGUCCUGGACUAUAAGGAUAGAAUUCUAUUGUGUGUAUGUCCUUGAUCACAUAUAUACUGAGGUAUUAAAUGGCCCAUGCCUUUCCUUUUGCUGAAAGGAAGAAUUGGCUAUGGAGAGUGGAAAUCAGAUUCUUGUCAUUCCAAUGUUGUCUGGAUAUGCCUCGAGGGAAGGCCUUAAAGCAGCGCACUAGGAGCUAAUCCUAGGUGGGGCAUUGACUCCCACCAAGGAAAUCUGACUGGUCUAAUGACCACUUCUAGCCUCUGGAUGUACCAAGCUACUCUGCUAUUGGUGGUAAUUAGCCCAGUUUCUCAGCCCAUAGUCAUCUUCCCUCUGUGAUAACAGAGCUGAGGCAAGUGGUGGGCAAAUAUAGAGGAGACAAGAUAGCUAAAUCUAAGCCUGAGAACGGCAGCCAGGAUUGAAUUCCUUUUGUGCCUGCUCCUUGCCUCCCCUUUCCCACCCUUACCUGCUGGUUAGUUUCUCAUUAUGCACAUGAUGUGUUUCCUGCUUGCUCUCACCACCCGAAGAAGAGAGAAAACUAGUGGAUUGAUUGAUCUGCUGUGAUCCUUUGUUCUUUGGUGACCAAAUCUUGGUCAUAGCAACCCAGGAACUUUCCUGAACAACUGUAAAAUAAUAAAAUUAUUUUCAGAAUCAA